CCUAUCAUUUGUGGUCAAAGUCCACACAACAAAUUGAUUAAUCAUGCUUCUAAACAUCUCCAUGACCAUCAUCUGUAAGAAAAAACAAACUCCAUCUGUUAAGAUAACAAUGAAAGCCAUAAACAUACUUUUCUUCUUCUCAUCCAUAUGGAUUCUGUCCACUGCUCUCGAUACCAUACCUCUAAAUCAACCUCUAACAGAUGGAAGUACCAUUAUUUCAUCUGGUGCCAAGUUUAAGUUGGAAUUUUUCUCACCUGGGACAUCAGGGAAAAGGUACUUAGGAAUAUUAUUCAAUAAAGUUACUGUACAGACAGUGGUAUGGGUUGCUAAUAGAGAAACUCCACUCAAUGAUACAUCAAGCGCGCUAAAUUUAACCAGACAAGGGAUUCUUACUCUUGUGAAUGGUUCUGGCAGAGUCAUUUGGUCAUCCAAUUCCACUAGACAUAUGGAAAAUCCAAUAGCACAACUUCUUGAUUCAGGCAAUCUUGUUGUUAGAAAUGAUUCAACUGAGAAUUAUCUGUGGCAGAGUUUUGACUAUCCGACUGACACCUCUCUACCUGGAAUGAAUCUUGGGAUUGAUCUGAAGACUGGUUUUCGUGGUUUCCUCAGGUCGUGGAAGAGCAGAAAUGACCCCUCCGAGGGUGAGUUUAGUUGGGUAAUUGAUCUUCGUGGUUUCCCACAACCAUUUGUCAUGAACGGUUCCAUUGAACGCUAUAGGUCUGGACCGUGGAAUGGUCGAGGCUUUUCUAAUUCGCCAUCUCAGCUACCAAGUCCUGAUUAUAAUUAUACAUAUGUAUCUGAUCCAGAGAAAGUUUCCUUUAUGUAUCAGUUAACGGACAGGUCUAUCCUUGCAAGAGUAGUGAUGCAAGUAAGUGGGGUUCUACAACUCUCAAUAUGGAAUAAUCAAACUCAGAAUUGGGAUGAGUAUGUUAGUGUACCAGCUGAUAACUGUGACAUUUAUGGCCAGUGUCAGGCAUAUGGUUUGUGCAACAGUGGCAACUCUCCAAUCUGCAGAUGUCCGGAUAAAUUUGAACCGAAAGAUCCAAGAGAAUGGGAAAGGGGAAAUUGGUCAAAAGGUUGUGCUAGAAAGACAUCAUUGAAUUGCCAAAAGGAAGUAAAAUUCUUGAAAUAUCCAGGCAUCAAGAUUCCAGACACUCGUUUUGCUUGGUACCGUCGAGGAGUGACUCUAAAUGCAUGCGAGGAAUUGUGCUUGAGAAACUGCUCAUGUAUGGCUUAUGCAAAUCCAGACAUAACAGGGACAAAUGAAGGCUGCUUGCUUUGGUUUAAUGAGCUGAUGGACAUCAGAGAGUUUGGUGCUAGUGGGCAAGAUAUCUAUGUAAAGUUGGACGCUUCCGAGUUAGGUAACUCCAGUACAGAAAAAGUAAAGAUAUUGAGUAUCAGCUUGCCCGUGGCAGCAUUAGGUCUGCUCUUAGCUCUAUGCUUAAUCUUGUACGUAUGGCGCAAGAAGAAGGAUCAGAAUCAGCAACAUUUUAGCAAAGGAAGAGGAACAAAAAGCUCUGAAAUGUUCUCCACUAACGAAAGCAAAGAUGAAGAGCUAGAUUUACCGUUGUUUGAUUUUGAAACUAUAUCUCAUGCUACCAAUAACUUUUCGCUGAGCAACAAGCUUGGAGAGGGUGGUUUUGGACCUGUUUACAAGGGUGUACUGAAAGAUGGACAAGAAAUUGCUGUAAAGAGACUUUCAAGAUAUUCAGCACAGGGAACGGAUGAGUUCAAGAAUGAGGUCAUCUUCAUAGCUAAACUCCAACAUCGGAAUCUUGUGAAGCUUCUUGGUUGUUGUUUACAAGCAGGAGAAAAAAUGUUGGUUUAUGAGUACAUGCCUAACAAUAGCUUGGAUUGGUUUUUUGCAGAUACAGAUAGGAGGUCACUGCUUGAUUGGCCUAAGUGCUUCCAUAUUAUUAAUGGAAUUGCUCGCGGACUUCUCUAUCUACACCAAGACUCUAGAUUGAGGAUAAUACACAGAGAUCUUAAGCCUAGCAAUGUUUUGCUAGACACUGAUAUGAACCCGAAGAUAUCUGAUUUUGGCAUGGCAAGAAGUUUCGGAGGAAAUGAGACUGGAGCCAUGACAAAAAGAGUUGUUGGGACAUAUGGCUACAUGUCUCCGGAGUAUGCAGAAGAAGGAAAAUUUUCAGUGAAAUCAGAUGUAUUUAGCUUUGGAGUUCUAGUAUUGGAGAUUUUAAGCAGGAAGAGAAAUAGAGGGUUCUUCCAUCCAGACCAUAACCAUAAUCUUCUAGGACAUGUCUAUAUCCUCUUCAAAGAAAGCAGGGUCAUGGAAGUAAUAGAUGAACAACUAAGGCAGUCAUGCAAUAAGUAUGAAGUUGAAAGAUCAGCCCAUGUAGGUCUAUUAUGUGUGCAGCAGUGUCCAGAAGAUAGGCCGAGUAUGGCGUCAGUUGUGCUCAUGUUGGGUAGUGAUGCUGCACUACCCUUGCCGAAAGAGCCCGGAUUUUUCAAUGGAAGAAGCCAAUCCACAGCCACUGAAGCAGACACUUCAUCUAGCAAGCAUGGUGAAACUUCUGUCAAUGAAUUAAGCAUCACACAAUUGGAUGCAAGAUAGGAGAUAAAUUUUAGGAUACAUUUGCUUAAUUGUUCCUGUAAUAUAGCUGAAUAACUAGUAGUUGUUCAACAUGAUUAGUAGACACUUAAUUUGAUGCAUUACUAUGAGUAAUCCUGAAUUCUAGCUCCAUUAACGA